AUGGGGGAGCGGCUCGCGCUCGCCGCGCCUCGUUCCCGUCCUCACUUCCACUUCCGGCGGCGGAGGGCGGACGUGCGGCGGCGGCAGCGGAGCCGACGUGUCUCAGCGGAUACCGGCGACAUGGAGCUGGAGGCGAUGAGCAGAUACACGAGUCCGGUGAACCCGGCCGUGUUCCCGCACCUCACCGUCGUGCUGCUGGCCAUCGGAAUGUUCUUCACCGCCUGGUUCUUCGUCUACGAGGUGACAUCCACCAAGUACACCCGGGACAUCUACAAGGAGCUGCUGAUCUCGCUAGUGGCCUCGCUCUUCAUGGGUUUCGGCGUCCUYUUCCUGCUGCUCUGGGUCGGGAUCUAUGUCUGAACCCGCCGGGGGGCCUGGAUGGGGGGUUCGGGGAAGAUCUUUUUAUAUUUCUUUUAUAUUUCAACGAGAAAACGGCUUUAGCAGGUGUGGUCUGCGACAGGCAGUGUCCCGUACGUGAUUAAAAGUGGCUCUGUGACA